UUAUUCUGAAAAUGGAUCCGGAUGUGUUAUUGCUGACGUAUCGGACCAUGACGUGCUCAGGUGUGUUCGUGCCGUCAUGGGGAUGGUUUACUCGGAGCCGGCCUGCCAGGCAGCGUACGAGGGCGACGUCCGUAAGUUGUACUUCCUCCUGAAAAAUGACCCCGCCCACCUGAAUGUUCAGGAGGUGCACACCGGGGACACACCCCUCAUUGCUGCCUGCCGCCACGGUCACCUGAAUGCGGUCACAUACCUGCUGGACAACAAGGCCAACAGCCAGCUGACCAAUAAGAAACAGAGGACGUGUCUCCACUACGCCUCCAAGAGGACGUUCUCACUGCUGGAUUAUCUGAUGAUCACCAUCCUGAUGCCCAUCCUGCUGCUCGGAUACUUCAUCAUGCUGCAGAAACAGAGGAAGAACGUGGCUCUGAUGGAGGCCGUGCUGAGCACUGACGUCAGCGUCGACGCUGUCGACUACAAGGGGAACACGGCUCUUCAUUACGUCUGUGAGAGAAAAAGUCAUCGCCUGGUUCCUCUGCUGCUGCAACGAAACGCCAAACCCAACAUCAAGAAUAACAACGGAGAAACCCCGCUGGACAUCGCCACCAGACUCAAGUUCCAAAAGAUCAUCAACAUGCUGAGGAAGACGGAAUGAAGUUUUCAUUCAUGCGGACAGCAGGGGGCGCCAACACCCGAUUCCUCCGCCUUCUAUGCUGACGAUGCUAGCAUCUCAGAGAGACCUCCUAGCAUGCAGCGUUUUCUUUGCUAACCACUCACCUGUCGGGCUACAAGCUAGUUUCCACUUCCAGGUUUUGUACCGAGCUAGGCUAACAGUCAUUUUUCUUGUUUUGUAAGACAUAAAAUUAACUGAAUUUUGCAAUUUAUCAACUAAAAAGAAACAAAACAAACUUUAGAAAUUCUCGCCCCAUCUUUACGUUACAUUUUGCUAAUAGCUUUGCCUCAUUUUUUAAUCUUUGUGCUAAGCUAGGCAACAGUAUUUGAGAGCUCGCCGUUUAUCUGUAGUUCUUAUACUGUCAGCAGAGGUGUGCUUUGGGACUGUUACACGAACAGGUAUAAUAAUAAAAGUGUCGACAUGAAAUGAAGCGGGUGAUGAAACAUUUCAAAGUAACAUUUUUAUUUCUGAAUAAACUUGUAAACUACA